AUGGCCUUCUUCAAGUGUUUCAAGAAAGGCACCGUCACUAUUCUUGAGGAUGAAAGUGAUAACCGGGACGAAGGUACCACAUUGCAUGUAGGUGCGCCCCUCCUAGCUUCGGAAGCAUCCGAGGUGGACAAUUCUCUUCAUAUUCCAUCUUGGUCUCAAGAGGUGAUUUGUCAACUAAGAAGCUUAAAAAAAUCCAAGUCUACAGAUAGGGACCUUCACUCCACUGUUUUACACUUAAAGUACUCGCAUCAUACAUAUAUUGGUUCAUCAAAGGCUUUCGAACUUCUUAGCGAUUGA